GUAAGUUCUAUAAAAUAUUUCAUAACAUGUUUGAUGUGGGUCUCUGUAUUGUAGAACCAGUUUGAAGACACAGGUGUCAAUGUUACCAGUGUCCUGUGUUUUUAUGUUUAUUUACCCAGAACCCCCCACUCUAAUGGUUCCAAGAAAACAAGGAAGCCAUCAGAGGAAACAGAUGCUAAGUUUGUGGACAAAUUCAGGGCCAAGCUGAUUCAAAAGGUUACCAUGGUGAUACCAAUAACAGAUGACCUGCUCCAGAUGGAUAUGAUGCAUGGAGAGAUGUAUGAUACAAUCAGAGACACCAAGCCCAGUCAGAACCAGAUGAGGGAGCUGUACAAAGUCUUAGACUCAGGGGGAGUUAAAGUCAAAUCAGCCUUCUACAGGAUCCUGCAGGAGAAAGAGACUUAUUUACUCCAGGAACUGGGUGCGACUUGGAACACUGGGCAGAUAAAAGUGGAUGACUUCACAGAGAGAGUGAAAGAAAACCAUAAAGCCAGGCUGAAGGAGAAGUUUACAUUUCUGUGUGAGGGAACAGCAGAGGAACAGUCUCAACUUGACCGCAUUUACACCCAGCUCUACAUCACCCAGGGAGAGACUGAAGGGGUUAAUACAGAACAUGAGGUUAGACAGAUAGAAUAUACAUCCAGGAGAAGAAACAUAUCUGACAAUCCAAUCAACUGCAACGACAUCUUCAAACCCUCACAUGGAGAGAAAAGCAACGACGAGAGGCCAAUCAGAAUGGUAUUGACAAAGGGCAUCGCUGGCAUUGGAAAAACAGUCUCAGUGCAGAAGUUCAUCCUGGACUGGGCAGAGGGGAGAGCCAAUCAGGAUGUGGAUUUCAUCUUUGUGCUUCCAUUCAGAGAGCUGAAUUUGAUUCAUCAACACCAAUACAGCCUUCAAGGACUUCUGAAUUACUUCCACCCUGACCUUAAAGAAAUAAAAGACACACAGAAAUAUGCCGAGCGUGAAGUCAUGUUCGUCUUUGAUGGUCUAGAUGAAAGCAGACUUCCAUUAGAUUUUGAUCAGAACUUGAUGAUGAGUGAUCUAAAUGGGACAUCUUCAGUUGACAUGUUGAUGACAAAUCUCAUUAAUGGAAAUCUACUCCCCAAAGCUCUCAUAUGGAUAACCUCCCGACCAGCAGCAGCCAAUCAGGUCCCUCGUAAGUACAUCAGCAAGGUGACAGAAGUACGAGGGUUCAGUGACGAACAGAAAGAAGAAUACUUUGAGAAGAAAGUCAAGGAUAAAAACCAGGCCAACAGAAUCAUCUCACACAUGAAUACAUCAAGAAGCCUCCACAUCAUGUGUCACAUACCAGUCUUCUGUUGGAUUACUGCCAGGGUUCUUCAGCACAUGAUGACUGAACGAAAGAGUGGAGACAUCACAACUCUGACUGAGAUGUACACUCACCUCACACUCAUUCAGACAAAUCUGAAAAGCAAAAAGUAUGAUGGCACAACUGAGGAUGAUGGUGACAUAGCUGAAAAACACAAAGAAAUAAUUCUGAAACUCGCACAACUGGCAUUUAAACAGCUAGUGAAGGGAAACAUCAUAUUCUAUAAGAGAGACCUGGAAGAGUGUAGGAUUGAGGUCAGAGAAGCCUUAGUGUACUCUGGGUUUUGCACAGAAAUCCUGAAAGAAGAGUUUGGGUUGUAUAAGAAGAAGGUGUACUGCUUUGUUCACCUGAGCUUCCAGGAGUUCCUUGCUGCUCUGUAUGUUUUCAACUGCUAUGUGACCAAGAACAUCAAGGACCUGAAGUCUUUCAUUGAAGAUGUAUCUUCAGAACUGCCCUUUCAUGAGCUGCUGAAGAUGAUAGUGGAUAAAACAUUGGAGAGUGAGAAUGGACACCUGGACCUGUUCCUCCGCUUCCUUGUUGGCAUCACACUGGAGUCCAACCAGAGACUGUUACAAGACCUACUGCCACAGACAGAGAUCAUCUCAGAAACUGUUGAGGAAAUAAAGAAAUACCUCAGGAAGCCGAAAGUAGAGCAAAUCUCACCUCACAGGUACAUCAAUCUACUCAUCUGCUUGACUGAAAUGAAAGAUGAUUCAGUACAUGAGGACAUUGACAAGUUCCUGAAAUCUACAAAUCAAAGAGGACCACUGACAGGUACACACUUCUCAGCACUGGCCAACGCACUGCUGAUGUCAAAGGGUGUCCUGGAUGAGAUUAACCUGAGGACAUACAACUGGUCACCUGGGUGUACGAGACUGGUCCCAGCUGUCAGGAAAUGUAGAAAGGCAAUACUGGUUGGCUAUCAGUUAUCCAAGGAGGACUAUGAGUCACUGGCCUCCAUCCUCCAGUCAGAAGACUCACAUCUAAGAGAACUGAAGCUACAAGAUUUUCUGCCGGAUGUUAACGUUGAUGAUGACGAUGAUGAUGAAGAUGAUUACAAUGAUGAUGAGGAAAGACUGACUCUUCUCCUUGCCGCUCUUAAACAUCCAGACUGUAAACUGGAGACACUGAGACUAUCUAACUUUGAAUUCUCUGAGGAGCACUGGGUAUCACUGGCCUCUGUUCUUGAAUCAACAAACUCACGUCUAAAAGUACUGGAACUGGGAAACAGUGAAAUAUCUUGCAGUGUUGGGAGUGAAUUUUUUACAGCUCUGAAACAUUCACACUGUAAACUACAAACACUGAGACUGGGUCACAUUACUCCCUCUGAGGAAGAAUUUGGAUUAUUGGCUUCUGCUCUCCAAUCAGCAGACUCUCCUCUGAGAGAACUGGACCUGAGUUACAGUAAUUUGUCUGAUAAUGGGAGGGUACUCUUUGCUGCUCUGAAACAUCCUCACUGUAAAAUACAGACACUCAGGCUGCACAGGUGUUGUCUGACAGAGAGAUGUUGUGAAGUGUUGGCCUCAGCUCUCAGUUCAAAAUCCUCUCAUUUGAAAGAGUUGGACUUGAGUCACAAUGACCUGUUGGAUUCUGGGGUGAAGCUGCUCUCUGUGGGACUGGGACAUCAUUACUGUAAAGUAGAACAACUGAGGCUGUCAUUCUGUAGAGUCACAGAGGAAGGCUGUGCUUCUCUGGCUUCAGCUCUGAGGUCAAAUCCCUCCCACCUGAGAGAACUGGACCUGAGUUUCAAUCACCCAGGAGACUCUGGAGUGAAGCUCCUCUCUGAUAGACUGGAGGAUCCUGACUGUAGACUGGAGAAACUCAAUGUGGACCAUAAUGAAGAGUUCUGGGUGAACCCACAGCUGAUGAAGAAAUAUUACAGUCAUCUCACUCUGGACCCAAACACAGCAAACAGAAAACUCAUCCUGUCUGAGGGGAACAGAAGGGCAGAGGUUGUGAAAGAGGAGCAGCCGUAUCCUGAUCUCCCAGACAGAUUUGACGGCUGGCCACAGGUGUUGUGUAGAGAGGGUCUGACCGGACGCCGUUACUGGGAGUUGGAGUGGAGUGGGGUGGCUUAUAUAGCAGCAUCAUAUAAAGGCAUCAGCAGAAAGGGAAGACGUUAUGACUGUCUGUUUGGAAUCAAUUCCUGGACUCUGGGGCAUGAGGAGAAUAAUAAAGUGAUCUCCCACAAUAGGGAAUAUAUUUAUAUAUCUUCUCCUCAACUCACCCAUCAUCCUCUACCCCAGAGUGACCAGACCUCCUCUCAUCCACCCUCCAGAGUGGGAGUGUUUCUGGACUGGCCGGCCGGCACCCUGUCCUUCUAUGAGGUCCACUCUGACACAAUGACCCACCUGUACACAUUCCACACCACAUUCACUGAGCCCCUCUACCCAGGGAUUGGGGUUUUGGGGGAGGGUGCUUCAUUGACCCUGUGUCAGGUAGAUUAACAUAAUGUGUCCUGGAGGAAAUCUAUGGUCUCCAUGGUAAUACAGAGACUGUUCUAACCAACCAGGUGACAUGGUGGGUGUUUUUGAAAUGUUUUUGCUGAAUUGUGAAAUUGUUUAUUUUUUGUUUGUCUCUCUGUUAAUUUACUUUCAAUUAAAUGUAAAUUUAAAGGGCUUCAUUGUCAUGGGAAACCCUUCUUUACUAAUGUAAAUGGAAAAUAAGAAAGUUAUAAAAAAGAACAAAAUCUUGUAAUAAUGGGUCACCAGUCAGGCUGCUGGCAUUAAUUAUGCUAUUUUUCCUGACAAUUACAGGAGUUAAUCAUUGUUUGUGUUUGUAUGAUCUGAGGGAAGUAUACGUCUCAAUGUGGUUGUGUAUCUAUAUGAUCUGAGGGAAGUAUAAUUAUCUAUGUGGUUGUGUGUCUGUAUGAUCUGACGGAAGUAAAAUAUUUUAUUCCCUGCUGAGU